AUGGGUAAGGACAGAGACCCCGGGGGCCAGGCGAUGAGUUCAAAGGACCCAAAAAUACAAGCAGCUAAAAUUCGAUUACUGGAUGGAACAUGCAAAGACUUUGAACUGCAUCGCGGUUCAGACGGCGAAGCACUUUUUACACUCGUAAGUGCCGAUCUGUCCAUCGAGGAGCGUGAAUACUUCUCUCUGUGCUUUUAUGACACUGAGGGAACUAGACAUUGGCUAUACAACAACAAAAAAAUACUCAGACAGCUCAAAGGUCUUCCGUGGGAGUUCUGUUUUGAAGUCAAAUUCUAUCCGACCGCACCAUCCUCGCUAAAUGAUGAUCAUGCGCGCUACAAUUUGUUUCUUCAGUUGCGAAACGACAUAUGUUCCGGCCGGCUACCAGCAACAAUUGACACAUAUGCUACACUGGGUUCUCUAGUGGCACAGUCGGAAUUUGGUGAUGCUAAACCGACCAGUGAAUACGAGCACUAUUUGAGAUCAACAAAAUUCGCCCCUCAAAGUAGCGAACAGAUGAUUGGAAUGAUAGCAGUGAAGCAUAAAGAACACAAAGGGCUUACCUCAGGUGAAGCUGAAAGUUUAUAUAUGGACACAUGUAAGCAGCAAUCUAUGUAUGGAAUUUUUGUAUUCAAUGCGAAGGACAAUAAGGGCGUUUCUGUUGGAAUUGGUGUCUGCGCACAUGGUAUUUACAUAUACAAGGAACAAAUCCGUGUUAACCGAUUUCCUUGGCAGGGUAUUAUCAAGAUUAGCUAUCGUAAAAAUCAGUUCGCGAUAAAACUGAAAGCUGGAGAGGUUGACAAGAAAGAGGUCACAGUUGUAUACAAAUUCAAAGACCAUCAACAUGCAAAACGCACUUGGAAGUGUGCUGUCGAACACCAUACUUUCUUUAGGCUCAUUCAACCGGAUGAAAAACCGAAAUCAUCACUGUUCCGAUGGGGAUCAGCUCGCUUUCGAUAUCAGGGGCGCACUCAGUUUCAAACGAAAAUGGCCUCACAAAUGUUCGACAAACCAACUGUAGCAGAACCAAUGCCUUCUCCUGCAGCUUGCUACGACAUCAGUGGUCAAAGAGAAAAUCGAAAGCUCAACGACAAGGUGGGUAAUGACCUCCCAACUAGAGAUGAUGAUGAUGAUGAUGAUGAUGAUGGUGAUGAUGAUGAUGAUGAUGAUGAUGAUGAUGAUGAUUAUGAUGAUGAUGAUGAUGAUGAUGAUGAUGAUGAUGAUGAUGAUGAUGAUGAUGAUGAUGAUGAUGAUGAUGAUGAUGAUGAUGAUGAUGAUGAUGAGCUUGUCUACACGCCUAUUGAAUCGCCGUUGUGUGCUGCUUAUUAUCCUUAUGAAAACUCAUGUGCAACUCCACCUACUUCAAAUGAGUUCAUAUUAUUACAGAGCUUAAAACAUACUGCCCCAUAUCUUUGCCAAACAUCGAAUCGAAAUGACUUAACUUCGAUCCGUCACACAUGUUUAGAAUCAAGUAGUAAUUCAUAUUCUUUCCCUUGUGGUCAUUUAUCAAACGGUCUCAUAAACUCUACCGUAAGGCAACCAGACGUCGAGGAACAUCCGAUCAGCGAUUACGUGCAGGUAUAUCACUCUGGACAUUACCAUAAUCUUAAUCAUGGAGUUCGAUCUCAACAGCUGAACCUUCGUGGUUAUAAUAACCACCGAAAUGGCAUUGCUACUAUUCACCGAAUCAAUCCAAAUAAUGAGCUGGAUUAUCACCCAAUUCGCUACUUUGUGGACGUACAACAUUCAGGAUUCAGUUACAUGCCUCGCAUACGCAGAUUGCGACAUCCAGGACAUGAGGAAAUUCGUGAUGCAAAACCGUCUGACUACCUCUUUGAAACAUUAUCGAAGGCACGUUUAGAGCGUUUAGAACCUAGCGAAGAAAUUACGGUUCACAAUAUUCAGAAGUACUCGUUAGUGUAUCAUCCUGGAUAUUCUCAUGGUUUAAAUCGAAAUAUGUCGCCGAUACGGUUAGUCGCAAGAAUAUUACCGACAUCACCAUUUCUGAAAAAAUCACGGCGUGAAACUCAAAACAGUGAAUUUCAGCACUGCCUUGUUUGUGACAAAUCAAGUACAGAAGCAUUUUACGGUAAGGAAAUAUCGAAGCUCCACAAAUUUUCAGUACCAAAAAUGUGCGGCGAAACGGUGAAACCCGUAGAAAAUGGUAAAAAAUCCCAGCGAAUAACUAAAAAUAACGACAAAAGCAACUUGGCAUUGGACACGACUGAAAAGUGGUCAAGUUUAACAAAUACUCAUCACACCACCAACAGUAACGAAGUGGUGAGCAAAGACGUUACUCACACACUUUUUACCGACCAGCAUGAAGGGUACUCACCUAACCGAUGGCGAUAUGACUGCCAUGAAGAAGUUGAAAAAGAUCACGUUCGAGAAGAGACUUAUGGCAUAGCGUCUACGUCGUACGAUGACCAGCUUGAACUAAUAACUAAGAAGUCUGAUCUACAAUCAGCGCCGUUGCGAGAACAUGUUCAAACAAAUCUUCAUGGUCAUUCGUGGGAUUCUAUAAAGGAUUCGAAGACUGGACAUAAUCUGAGUGCUUCAACGUCGAAAAAAGCUAGCGGAGAAGACACUGCGCGGCAGAUUCGAUUAAUUGCGCGCGUACCGCACAUUGCGUUAGCAGAUGAUUCCGUUUCAACUAAAGAUAAAGGUAGGCAGAGUGAGGAUUCAACUGGGCUUCUUGGAUUCUGGAAACCAGGUAAUCGUAAGCAGGAUUCUUUAGCAUUAUCAGCAUAUCCUAGUAGUGAUAAAUAUGUUGGACCGUUAGAUGACAUCAAUCGUCAGAAUGAUAUUGACCAGCUUCUUUUCGACGUUCCAGAUCCGGCCGUGUGCAAACCUACCGCUGAGCCUUAUGACAACAUUCAUCAUCGUGUGCGUUUGAUUGCUCGUUGGAGACACGACGGCGAUGAAGAAGUUGUUGAGAAAGAUCAAAUUCGAUUAAUUGCGCGCGUACCGCACAUUGCGUUAGCAGAUGAUUCCGUUUCGACUAAAGUUAAAGGUAGGCAGAGUGAGGAUUCAACUGGACUUCUUGGAUUCUGGAAACCAGGUAGUCGUAAGCAGGACUCUUUAGCAUUAUCAGCAUAUCCUAGUAGUGAUAAAUAUGUUGGACCGUUGGAUGACAUCAAUCGUCAGAAUGAUAUUGACCGGCUUCCUUUCGACGUUCCAGAUUCGGCCGUGUGCAAACCUACCGCUGAGCCUUAUGAUAGCACUCAUCAUCGUGUGCGUUUGAUUGCUCGUUGGAGACACGACGGCGAUGAAGAAGUUGUUGAGAAAGAUCAAACGUAUGGCAUAGCGUCUACGUCGUAUGACGGCCCUCUUGAACGAACAACACGAGAGUCCGAUUUACUGUCAACACCGUUGGAAAAGCAUGUUCAAGUGUAUCAUCAUGGUCAGUCGUGGGAUUCUGCAAAGGAUUCGAAGUCUCACCGUGAUUUCAUUGCUUCAACGUCGAAGAAAGCUAGCGGAGAAGACACUGCGCGGCAGAUUCGAUUAAUUGCGCGCGUACCGCACAUUGCGUUAGCAGAUGAUUCCGUUUCGACUAAAGUUAAAGGUAGGCAGAGUGAGGAUUCAACUGGACUUCUUGGAUUCUGGAAACCAGGUAGUCGUAAGCAGGACUCUUUAGCAUUAUCAGCAUAUCCUAGUAGUGAUAAAUAUGUUGGACCGUUGGAUGACAUCAAUCGUCAAAAUGAUAUUGACCAGCUUCCUUUCGACGUUCCAGAUUCGGCCGUGUGCAAACCUACCGUUGAAACCUCAGAAGAGAGUUCCUAUUCGAGAAAGCUGAAAAUGUGGGGGAAUUAUGGUUCAGGUGGACUGUUCGAAUUUCGGAAGCUACGUACUCAGAAAGACCAUAUUAACUCUUUAGCGUCAUCAGCGCAUCACAGUAGUGCUGAAGCCGAACGGCUAAAUCUGCGCUGUCCAAAGCUGGAACAUGCGGAGCGCACGGUAACAGUGCGUGCAUUGGCACCACUGCCGCUUUCUUACGAGGAGAGCGGUCAGCCACAUACGACAAUUUCCACAUGGCAGGAGUCGAAUAGUCUCCCCGACGAAGUGACAACUGAGUAUGAUGAGAAAGGAAACAAGAUCACGAGGACAUUGAAAACCUCGCAGGUCAAGCAUACUGUACAGAAACAAACUUUCCAAAAUUACUCGAUUCAGGGCAUUGUUAACGUUGAACGUACGCGCGAAGAGACCACACCGCUGGGACUCACUGUGACUGCCAUGAACGGCUCCGUUGCCGAAUCUCCCCAUGUUGUUGAGACUCACACGCGAUCUGUCGCUUACGACACUAAUCGGAACGGGCAAAACGAAGGACCCGGAUGGUGCGGUGGUGAAUUUGUGUCGUGCAAAACGUUAACAUCUGGGAAUAGAACUGUGGAAACAUACACUUAUAAAACAGAGCGUGAUGGCAUUAUUGAGACGCAUGUCGAGCACCGUGUUACGAUCCUCUCGGACGAGCCAAUCGACCAUGACGCCGAAUUGAGUCAAGCUAUUAUGGAAGCUACUCAAAUGAAUCCAGACAUGACCGUCGAGAAGAUUGAAGUGCGUCAGGAGACUACAGCUUAA